AUAAUACAACGCAAUAAAUACUGAACUUUAAGUUAUUUACGAAACAAUAAAUGCACCUUUUUUUGUCGUCGCCUACCUCUCCCGUUAUCGUGGACAAAAGGGAAGUAGGAAGGCGUGUCCAACGCAUAUAAAGAGACAGGUGUCACAGCAAUUAUUGCAGUCGGAGAGACAACGAGACGACGGUUCCACAUUGACAAAACAUCGAACAACCUUCAGGGGUGGAGCCGCGGUGCCCUGCUGGUGGUGAGUCUCCGGCGGUGUGACAAGAGGUGAAGGAUCAGCCUGCAGGGAGGCCGAGCAGUCAGGAGGAUGCUGGAGGGCAAUGCCUGCAGAAAGAGAGGAUGAGAUUUGUCGAAAGGCGCUGGAGUUGCUCUCCGACCUGUGCUCCAAGGGAGAGGUGCAGGACGACAGUUGCAUAGAUUUCAUCUACUACUUCAGGGACCUGGCCAGACCUCGCUACACAGACUCUGAUGUAUCUGUGAGCCUGUUGUCCCUGCUGGUGACCACCUGCGGUCUGGCUCUAUUCAGCGUCUCUCUAUUUGUAUCAUGGAAACUUUGCUGGCUACCCCUGAGUGGCCGUUUUCUCCCAGAUGUCCUCAAGGGGGCACAUUUUCUGGGAGGGGACCAACAGCCUGUCCUAACGGAGGUGGACGGGGAUGACCGUGAGUACAGUGAAGAUGGCUGCACGAAAGAACACGCAGGCCCCUCGUUGGCUAUGGCUGUCCCGGAGUCGGCUCUAAAAAUCAGCCACACAUCACCUGACAUCCCUCUGGAGACUCAGGCCAAUGUGGACCAUAUCCAAGCCCACACUAUAGCCAGAGACAGAGUGCAGAGACAAAUUACUGAACCCACAUCAUCAGUACGCCACAACUCCAUCCGCCGUCAGAUGAACCUGUCCAAUCCAGACUUCAACCCUGCUCAGUUCCAGCGCCAGGAGAGUCUGACCGGCCUAGGUCGGCUCAAACCUGAGCUUUACAAACAACGCUCUGUAGAUCCAGAUGACGGACGUAGAUCAGACAGCUGUGGAUGUCUCCAUUUCAUUCUUAAGUUUGACUUUGAUCUGGAGCAGCUGAUAGUGAAGAUUCACAAGGCUCAAGAUCUACCUGCCAAGGACUUCUCAGGGACUUCUGAUCCUUACGUCAAGAUCUAUUUGCUUCCUGACCGUAAAACCAAGCACCAGACUAAGGUGCACCGCAAGACUCUCAACCCAAUAUUUGAUGAGGUGUUUCUAUUUCCAGUGGCCUACACCGAGUUGUCGAGCCGUAAGCUGCACUUCAGCGUCUAUGACUUUGAUAGGUUCACUCGACAUGAUUUGAUUGGUCAAGUGGUGGUGGACAACUUCCUGGAUCUCGCAGACUUCCCUCGAGAGACCAAAUUGUGCCGGGACAUACAGUAUGUCACAUCGGACAACGUGGAUCUGGGAGAGCUGAUGUUCUCGUUGUGCUAUCUCCCAACGGCUGGCAGGCUCACCAUCACGAUGAUCAAAGCCAGGAAUCUCAAAGCCAUGGACAUCACUGGAGCUUCGGAUCCAUAUGUGAAGGUGUCACUGAUGUGUGAGGGCCGAAGGCUGAAGAAGAGGAAGACAUCAACCAAGCGCAACACUCUGAACCCAGUUUACAAUGAAGCCAUCGUGUUUGAUGUUCCACCGGAAAACAUCGACCAAAUCAGUUUACUAAUAGCAGUCAUGGACUAUGAUCGGGUUGGACAUAAUGAAGUCAUCGGGGUGUGCAGGGUGGGCAAUGAGGCUGACACUCUGGGAAGAGACCACUGGAGUGAGAUGUUGACAUAUCCACGCAAGCCUGUUGCACACUGGCACCCGUUAAUAGAGUGGGUAGGACAGGGAACAGCAGGGAGUGGAAGUCAAGGAGGAUCCACCAAUUCCUUAAAGGCGCCACCCUCACCGUGAUCUCACACACACACACACACACACACACACACACACACUUUUGUGUAUUUGUUACCUUCUUGAGACCUCUGAAAAAUGCCUACCUCUUUAGGACCACCCUUUCUAGAUAUAUAAAGAUGUGUUUGUACAACAAUAAUAAUAUAUACAUACUAUGCAAAUAUAAAAAAGGUAAGCUUAUAUACAUAUAUAUAUAUAUUUUUUUUUUAAUUUAUUUAUUUAUUUAUUUAUUUUUUAUUUUUUAUUUUUUUUUAAUUAAUUUUGGCCAAAGGGGGUGCAUUUCAAUUCCUCACACACACUUGUAAUUACAUAUGUUGACCAGAAAGGGACCACUUCAAAUUUUUACACACACUUGUUAUUUCAUAUGUUGACCAGAAAGGGAACACUUUUAAAACCGACACACAGUCAAUUUAAAAAAUCCCUCCUUUUUGGGACCACCCUCAUUUUGAUAGAUUUCGCCACCAGGGGUGCAAAUGAGUUCUCUAUUUUUAAUUUUGUUUUGUAUUGUGCUUAAGGCCGAUGACAAACGAGUCAAGGACCACAGAUGUGUUGCACUUUGGGCAACCCAGCUGUAGAAGCUAACUGUUAAUGGCCACUAUAGUCUUAGUACCGUAGUGUAUUUGUUCAUCCUUUGGUCACAUAUGGGACGCGGUUUGUUUACGUCAGCACCGGAAGUCGUAAAAUCAACUGUUUACCUGGCGGGUUUUUUCGGGGAUGAAUAGGGAAGUCCUACUUUAGCUGCUGUCUGGUUUUAUCAUAUAUUGCUGCCUUUGCACCUGUCAAUGUUUACUUUUGUAUACACGACAUGACUUUGGAGCAAUGUUCACAGACUUUAGUAAUUUGGCUCUCUAUUAGAUGCAAUGGUUUUCAGUAUUUGGACCAUGAUUUUGGUCCUAACUUGUUCACCAGUCCUCAUAUGGAAGGUACUUUUCCUUGUUGAUGUCUCAAGAAGGGCAGAAAUACAAGAACACAUUUAUACAAAAACAUAAACGCACGUACAAACUAAGCUUCAUGGUGAUUAAAUACUGAAAAAAUGGGCCUGAUAAAAAGGCUUAGUCUUACUUCAUGACCAAAAAACUUACAUUCCAACUGAACUGCUGCAGUAUAUUGUUAUCUAGCUGUUACUAACAGUAUUAACAAUUUGAAAAUAGGUCGAACAUGCUUUUGUGGAAACCGUAGCUUUCGAUUGUUGUAAGUGAUGAGCUAUUACAAAACAUUUUUUCUCUACAGUUACUUUCGAGGUUCUUAGCAAAAAUCUUAGUUUUAAUUUGUGAGCGAUUUUCUCAUAUGCUUCUUGUAAAGAUAUAAAUGAUAUAUUCAUGUAUUUGCUUCGAGUGUGUGUAGAGAGACUAACACAAAAUAUAUGACUUUGUUUUUAAUCGCAUGGUUAAGUAAAAAAUUUCAUGGGGUGUGGUCCAAAUAUAGAAAAGGAAAACAUAGUAAAAGUGUUGAUGAUGACAGUAAACCUGGUGUGUUUGUCAUAGAAUUGAUCCUUGUUACAAUCAGACAGUGUGGUUACUUUCUUUAUGUGUUUUAUUUUGCUUGGGGGCAGAUUAAUUUGAACCGUCCUAAUUAAGGAAUAUGCCCCAUAAAAGCAAAAUUAAACUAGGUCUAUAAAUUAGCUACUAAAACUGCAAGAUAGCACCGAUUAACCAUUUACCAAUGUGCUGUUUUACCUAUUUAUACUACAGAUGCAUUUCUGAAAAGGUAAUAUGUCUACCUGUCUGCUCUUCUUUUAUUAAUCAAUGAUCUGCGUAUUGUGAGGGAUUGAACAAUGGAAACUAAUGUUUUUCAGUCAACUCAUUAUCUUCCUCUCUCACAAUAGUGUCCCCCAUAUUCACAUAUAUGUUGCAUUGUUGUUUUGCAUAAAAUGAAUUGUUCUGUGUUGUUGUUUUAAUAGAGUAUACAAACUAGUUUAGUUAGUAAAAACACACCUGUCAAAAAGCUUAUUUCUUAUAACUGUUUCCUUAAUCCUAACAGUUACAAUACAUUGGUAUUCCGGAAAGCACAUCAAUUUGAGAUAAAUACAUCUAACAGUUAUUUACAUUCUGAAAAAGCAAAUGUAACACUAAUGAUGCUGUUUUAUUCUUUAGAUUGAGAUUGUGUUGUAUUUUUAAACCUGUUUUAAGUCAGUGUUUAGUUUUGAGAUAUCGUUUUUUUCUAUCUUGAACACCAUUACCAAAUAACUUCGACAAACUAUUUGUAGAUCAAAUGCAUGCAUUAUACUUUUCUUUAAAUCUGUUUUUUUUCAGCUCAUAUUGUAACACAAGCUGUAUAAGGCGACUUAAUAAAUAUUUCUACAUGGAUGGAUUGGUUUAUUGCAGUGGCGUGCAGUCAUU